AAGGGUAGCGCUGCUGCGUGUAGGUGGCCGGAUGCGGUCUGAGGGUGCGUGUAGGGAGGAGGUAUGAUCGCAGAGCUCGGCCGCCCAGAGUCCGCGCGAGCUCUCGAGUCCGCUCCCUCCCUGGCCGCACCACGCAACCGCCCACAACCACCCACGACCAUCCAGAAUCGCAACUCCGCUGGAGUUCUCUCGCACUCUCGCACCCCCAAUCCAUCCCGUGCCGGUGGGCCCCACUAGGGCUGAUGGCUUAGAUGUGUGUCCACCGCUGGUAGAAAGCCCGAGAAGUCAUGGGUCUGCAUAUACAAUACCUACUCACACACCUGUCGGGACCAGCAUCCAUAACGGGCAUGUACCUACACUACCACAUGGCGGUAUCUGGACCCAUCUUGCGCCAUGAGAACCCUGAUGCUGGUAGACACUUGUCAGAACUAAAUAUGAAGCUUGCUGUCAGCUCUUUUAUAUGAGGAGCCGCUCAUCAGCCCUAUCGUUCGUCGGCCGGCUGAACGAGUCAAGUCCGUUUCAAAGGCUCUGAAAGCUGCACCCAACCGAAGCUCUCGCCGUCAAACUCCAGCGCUGUCGGCGGCAAAUUCUUUUUCCUUUUUCUCUUUUUUUUUUAAAGCCUUGUCGAACAACUUCUGCAGGAAAAUCCGCUCGGGUUGCCACCGAUCUAAUGGGGAUGAGCCGGGACAAUGACACCACCACAGACAGCCUCAGCCGGCAAGCCUCGACGGUCUCGUCGCCGGACGGCUCGGACUCGAAGCCCGCGAACCGGUCCAAGGCCAACAUACGCGUGUCGCUGGCCUGCGUGCAGUGUCGCAGCAAGCACGUCAAGUGCGACGCCACCUUGCCAGCUUGCAACCGCUGUCAGCAGGAGGACAAGCCGUGUUUCUACGCCAAGUCGAGACGGGGCAUACGCGACCCGAAGAAACGGAGUUUGAUAUCGGACAAGCCGCCGUCGGCCGCCGCGUCGCCCGGUUCUCUCUUCCCGACGUCUAACGUCUCUUCGGCAGCUUCCUCCGUUCAGUCCCAUCACGACCUGCCCGGCGGCUGGACCGUCGGCGUGGAAUCGCACCAACCCAGCUCGCCGAGAAGCGAAAAGGAGCUGAUGAUUGACCUGUUCUACACCUACUUUCAUCCGAGCUAUCCGUGUCUGCCGCCCAAGAGGUUCUUCCUAAGCCGCGUCGCCGCAGACCCGGACUCGUACCACUUUCUACUUUCCGUUAUCAACUUUAUCGGGUCGCUCUACACCAGUCAGGUACCGUCGGAUGACUUGAGAGAGGUAGCCUAUUCAGCGGCCUGUGGGUCGCUGCCGUUUACGGUGCAGUCGGUCCAGGGCCUUCUCAAUCUGAGUCUCGCAGCUUUCGGAGAGAUGAGCUUCGAGCACCACGCCGGUUGGGCAAAUCGGGCGAUCACGAUGGCGGUCGAGCUCGGCAUGAACCAGAAGGCCUUCGCCGACGGGACGUCGGAUUCCAUCCUCGCCGAGAGCUACCGAAGGACUUGGUGGUGCCUAGCCUUCCAGGACUCCCUGCGCGUAGUGACCGAGGUCGGGUCCACACUUACCAUUGCCGAUGUGGACUGCGAUGUAGAUUUGCCUUGCGAAGAGUGGGAAUACGAAUCAGGAAUUAUUCCGCAACCGGUCUCGCAAGCGCAGUACGAGACGCAAUCCAGCUUAGGACACACGCAUUUCUCGUCAAUGGCGUACUUCAUCGACAUUUGCAAGAUCCAAACCGAGUUUCUAGUUAGAUAUAACGAGGCCCCUGACGAGAAAAAGUCGGAAAUAUUCGAACGGGCCGACUCUCGAAUUUGCGACUUCCUGCGACGCGUGCCUACUUGGAAGAUGAACCUGGUGGAUCCGGAUGGGAUCGUCGACAUCGUGCUGUACCAUAGCGUCGCCCUCGCACAUGUCAAUAGACUACGCCUAAGGCAAUCGGCACCGAGAAACGGCCUCAACAUACGAGAGUAUUUUCCCCUGGGGCCGGCGAAAGGCCCCGACCGAAAGGGGCAGAUGGUUAGGGGUUUCGGUUGGAACCCCCAUCCGAUCGACAUCCACGCUGCCAAUUCCUACUGCGACCUGUUCCGACGUCCCCUACCUACGAGGAGCCUUAGCACGGUGGUAGCACCGGCAAUGCUCCGGGUGGCGCAGGCCUACCUCGACGCGUGCGUAUUCCUCGGGCUGGACUCGCCCGCCUUUAGGGAACGGAUCAAUAGGAUUGUGCAGAUCCUCACGGCACAUGGGGAGAUGUGGCCUCUUUCGCGGAAGGUUGCGGAGGAUAUCAAGUUCGUCGCGAAGGAGUACCUGGCGCCACGACCUAGCCCGGGCUGCUGGCGGCCCGGCGUCGCGGCAUCUGAGACGUGGGCCGCGAUACCUACGACAUGUCUCCUGGACGAGGCGUCGACACUCGUCCCCGACCUCAGCCUCGAGCCCUACCAGCAGGUCUACCACGUCGAAGGGUGGCCGAUGAACGACAGCUGGCCGACCGGAAACUUCACCGACAUAUACGAAGCAUGACGACGGCGAUAUAGCCUGGGACUAGGUACGCAUAGCAGGAGCGGAUUGUGAUACCUUUGUUUUCUACACAGCGCUGGAGCCUGGGAGUUCGCUGGCGGAUAGGCAGCGAGGAGAAGCAAGGACAAGAAGGGGGAACGCGCGCGCGUACGUGCGAUAACACAUCGUACCACCUGCGCACGCGUACGGUUACGGCAGCGAGAUAGACUCGACCAGGCAAAGGGCGGAAAAAAAGAGGGAAAGGCGAAGGAGGGUGGGGGGUGUAGGUCGGGCUAAGACCCGAAAUUUACCUACCCAUCCUGCUAGGAUCGCGCAAACUCACCGAGGCUCUACUAGUGUUGUAGUUGUGUAUUCGCGAGAUCUCUUGAGCGUAUCUACCGGCGCAAUCCUGCGGCGAUCGACUCACAUGCCCGCCCACCUGCCUGUCUCUACUGCCUAUCUCUGUUCGACUGCCCAUGAUGUACAUACACACAUACACACAACCCCUGGCACACUACCCCUGUAGGCAGGCGGCUUUAACGGCCAUCAACCCAGCCGCAUAAGCCUUGGGUACCUAGCUAACCCGCUCAAGGUCUUGCAUGUUGGUAAAUUCAUCUGCACAGGGUAUAGCUCGAGGUGCAAUCGCUACCUAGCUCUCUCUCAAUUCUAAUGCUUCCACCAA